UCGGCUGGCUCAGUCAUUUGAGUUCUGCUGCCCGACUGUGACGCACCGUUCUAGCUCUUUGCGGUUAUCCAGUUGUCGGUGCCGGUUUUUUUGGACUUUUUAUCGCCGUGUUCCGUUUCGGCUUGCCUGCUUCCCCUUUGGCCAAAAUUCAUAAAAUUGGGCAACACGUGUUGCGCCAUAAUUACCGCAGAAGAGAGCCUUCUGUGCGUGCGGUUCGCGGGUCUGGGGGUACAAAGUACACGUCACCGGCGCGCGGGGCAGUCCUCUCUCUGGUUCUCGAAGACUUCGGCUGUCGACGGUCGAGCUGGUCGACAUCACGAGAUAGUGCCAAAAAAUUUGUGAUUCAUUAGCCGGUGCGGGCUCAAAAACAUCGGUCGUUCGGGAAACAGCUGCUCGGAAAGUAUCUGUAUCUGUAUCUUAAUCUGCAACGCGGCAAAGAAUCUGACUUACAAAUGGGCUACGAUGAGGCAAUCCUCAAGCUGGGCGACUUUGGUCGCUACCAGAAGAUCAUCUACAUCCUCAUCUGCCUGACCUCCAUUCCAGUGGCAUUUCACAAGCUGGCCGGGGUCUUCCUCUUAGCCAAGCCGGAGUUCCGCUGUCUCCUGCCCUUUGAGGAGCAGAACGCCACCUACGAGCUGUCCCCCAACUUGUGGAACCUAUCCUAUCCCCAGGGGGAAGUGUGCGAGUACUACGAUGUGGGGUAUACCCAGGAGUACCUCACUGGCAGCAUUCCCCGGAGCAGCAACCAGACGACUGGGUGCUCCCGCUACGUUUACGACCAGAGCAAGUACCUCAACAGCGCCGUCACGGAGUGGAAUCUGGUGUGCGGACGUGGCUUCCUGGCCGCCUUCAGUGACUCACUUUUCAUGCUGGGCGUCCUCCUUGGAAGCAUUGUGUUUGGCCAGCUGAGCGAUAAGUACGGACGCAAGCCCAUCCUCUUCGCCUCGCUGGUCAUCCAAGUCCUGUUCGGAGUCCUGGCCGGAGUGGCGCCAGAAUACUUUACGUACACGACGGCGCGUGUGAUGGUGGGGGCCACCACCUCGGGCGUGUUCCUUGUCGCCUACGUCAUUGCCAUGGAAAUGGUCGGUCCUGCCAAGCGCCUGUAUGCCGGCAUUUUCGUGAUGAUGUUCUUUUCGGUGGGCUUCAUGUUGACGGCGGCGUUUGCCUACUUUGUGCAUGACUGGCGGUGGCUACAGAUUGCCUUGACCCUGCCGGGUCUCCUCUUCAUGUGCUACUAUUGGAUCAUUCCGGAGUCUGCCCGCUGGCUGCUCUCCAAGGGCCGGAAAGACUGUGCUAUCGCCAAUAUGCAGAAGGCGGCUCGCUUCAACAAGGUGGAAAUCAGCAACGAGGAGUUGGGUGCACUUCUGGACGAGGGCGAGACCGAAGAGGACAAGGCCAGGCAGAAGCUGGAGGAUCAGGAGAGGAACGAUGGUCCACCGCCCUCGGUGUGGGACCUCUUCUGCUAUCCGAAUCUUCGGCGCAAGACGCUACUCAUCUUCCUGGACUGGCUGGUGUGCAGUGGCGUCUACUACGGACUCUCUUGGAACACCAACAACCUUGGAGGCAACGUGCUGCUCAACUUUGUGAUAUCCGGAGCCGUGGAGAUACCAGCCUACAUCUUCUUGUUGCUGACCCUUAACCGCUGGGGCAGACGGUCCAUACAGUGCGGAUCUCUGAGCUUGGCAGGACUCAGUCUGCUGGCCACUGUAGUCGUCCCGGAGAACAUGCACACCCUAGUUGUGUGCUUCGCCAUGCUGGGUAAACUGGCCAUCACGGCCUCCUACGGAACUGUUUACAUUUUCUCAGCCGAGCAGUUCCCUACGGUGGUCAGAAAUGUGGCUCUGGGAGCAGCUUCAAUGGUGGCCCGAAUCAGUAGCAUGCUGGCGCCGUUCCUCAACUAUCUGGCCACCAUUUGGACACCACUGCCGCUGCUUAUCUGUGGAUCCCUUUCCCUGGCUGCGGGACUACUGUCGCUGCUCCUCCCAGAGACGCACAACAAGCCCAUGCUGGAGACCAUUGCCGAUGGGGAGCGCUUUGGCAAGAAGACCAAGGGCGAGGUCUAUCUGGAAUCGGGCCAAGAGCUGAAAACCACACCGGAAACACAACCUCUCAAUGGACCCAACGAAAACGGAACCAAAGCCAAUGGCCAAAAGUUUUAGGAAUGAUCUCAAGGUCUAAGAUCACUUGAUAUUUUUCCUAAAAGAAAAACGUUGGUACGGGGCAUUUAAGAUAGAAGAAGGACCAAGUAUUACAUAUAUCAUUUCUGAAAUCUCACAAUUUACCAAAAACAAAAAAAGUAUAAGAAACAAAGACAAAGGAAAUGAAGAGUAGGUAGCAUCAAAUAGACCACAUUUAUAUUAGCAUUUAGCCAAGAAGCAGUAGCCUCGUAAGAGGAAAAAAUUUCAAAGGAAUAGGGGUGACUGCACCUUCAGGAAAUAUCUGGAAAAUGAUCGAAACGGAUAUCCCAUCCAUGACGCUGCAUAAUGAAUUCCUACAUUUACUUAAUUAAUAAUAUUUACAAUCAUAUUCCAUUGAAAUGUUGAAAUAAAAUCUAUUAUAUUUCCAGCGAAGAAAUCGGAAGAAGCCUCCAUCUUCUGUUUUUGUUUUUUGUUGACCUUUUUAAACCCGGACGGGCUGUCUGCCGGAAUACGAAACGUGUUUCCGCUGUGUUUAUUUUCGGUGUAGCUUCGUUAUCAGCUUUGAAAAACACGAGACUGACAUUAAACAAUUGGACCCGCGCUAAAUUCUAAUCACGAGAUUCCGCCAAAUAAAAGGCAUGAUAAUAGCGAGUAUAAAAAUAUAAUUUGGCAAGAAAAUUAUAAAAAUAUUUGCACUUGGCGACUGUCGAAAAUUUGCAUAUUUCACGGCGAUCAGAGCCAUCUGAACUUGAACUCAUUAGGUGGAUGUAAUCGAAAAGUGGGUCGUCUAUUUCUAGUGCACUGUUACACUGCCACAAUUUGCUGGUUGGUUGUAGUUCACAUUCAAACGAGCUUGUAAAUGUUCGAAGAUAACAAACGGAUGUUCAGUCAAGAGAAGGCAGCCUAAAAGAGAACUCAUUCGAUUAGAAGAGUGUUUAUUGAAUAAAUAAGGCGUACAUAUACAGGGGACAGUUUUAUAGUAAACAUACAGUUGAGGUCAACAUUUUAAUAUCAGUGGAGUAUUUGUUAAAAAUAAAAGAUUAUAC